AACCUGUCAGCCCAUCAGAAGUUGCGCGCGUGCAUCACACUAAACUAUAACAGUAUAUUGUUAUAGUUUAGGGGUGCAUCACCAUGCGCCUCGUCUGAGUCCUCAUCCGUGCACACACGCGCAGAUUUGUUACGAUGUUACAUGUUAUCGGACGAUGCUCGCCGUAGAAAAUUAUGACGUGAGAAUCUCCGCGACUUCACCUGCAUCUGGUGAUCACACUCUCUUCAUAUUCAGCUGUGGCGUGUGUGGCGUGUAUUCGUCCAGCUAAACUGUGAUUACACGCACACGUACAUAUAUAUUCGUGCGUUGGUGGAAAUCGCGUUUAAGAGCACCGGCAGUAUGAGUACGGUUAGGAAGUCAGCGCGGGUGGUUGGCGGGAUGCUAUUCGCGGUACUGCUGACGGUGUACGUGAUGUCACAUCAUUACCUGCGACAGCGACAGUUAGCAAAGCCGAAACUGCGUCGCACGAACACGACACAGGAGAACAAGCAGCUGCUGCUGACUGCGCUACUGGACGAUCCCGCGGGACUAUCACGCUGGCUCGGACUCCCCGAACAAGUAUUCAUCACCGAUCACCAACAGAGGGCGCUCAGCAGGCGAGACUUCGUCGUUCCAAACGUCGUGCACUAUGUCUGGAUGCAGGGACCCGACGACGCGGUGCUGCCGUUCUGGAAGAUUCUUGGUCCGAUAUCCGUAUACGAGAAUCUUCGGCCGGAUCGUAUGAUCAUCCACGGCGACAAGCGGCCGACGGGUCGCUGGUUCGACGAGUUGUUCCGCGUCAUUCCGAUACUGGAGUACGAGUACUACCCUCUCGUAGAGGAGGUGUACGGCCUUAAGCUAGGCUACCUCAACCACAUUGCCGAUGUCGCCCGCAUAGACAUCAUACACAAGUACGGCGGAAUGUACUUUGACAUGGACGUGUUCGUAGUUCGUCCGAUGGACGCGCUGCGGCGCUACGACUGCGUCGUCGGCAUCGAGACCGGAUAUGACGCCACGAGGGGGCUCAUCAACGCCGGCGCGCUCGUGGCGCGACCUGGUGCCAGAUUCCUCGAACUGUGGAGAGAAGGCUACCGGGACUAUCGAGAGGAGAGGUGGCUGUACAACUCGGGUGAAGUUCCGACGGUGCUGCUGCGAAAGAACCCCGAACUCGUGCGAGUUUCGCCUCGCAUAUGGCACGAUACGAACGGAACCAUAUUGAACAAGGCAAACGUAGACCUAAGCGGUUUCUAUGCAUAUCACAUGUGGGGUCACUUGUGGAAGGGAGUGUCCCGCGCCAAGUUGUUCCACAUGAAACCCAACAACUUUCUUAAGUAUAACAACACUCUCUCUACGCUCCUAAAACAAUACUACAUCGACAGAAGGCACUGAGUACUGAGAAAAAAUCGGAAGCACCAGGUGCUGGGAAAAAUUAAUGCAUGAUCGCUACCCACGUAGCUGCGUCUUCGCGUUAAUAUAUAUCCUAGAUUUAUACCCUAACGCUAUUCUCCUUGUUACAACAAAUUUUCUCUGUAACAAUAAGACGAUAGGGAAAGGCAAGACGAGAAGGAAAGAAGACGAGAAGAGUAUAAGAAAGUCAUGUAGGCCUACCUACGAGAGUCAAAAUGAGAAAACAUGAUAAUGGUUUCGUGGGAUAUAGGUGAAACACAACAUGGCGCCCUCAGUGAAACCUGAGAACAAUAUAUUAUACAUGAUUGUAUAGAUUGUUCUCAGAGUGAAACCGAACAUCAACACUAAUGACGAAGCCCUACGUCAUAACAACGUCACAGCCACAUAAAGUGAUUACGUCAUUGUAAAUAAAAGUAAAAAGUGUUGUUUUAUCCAGUUUUAUCACAAAAAAUAGAAACUAUGAAAAUCCGAUUA